GCCACAAAAAUAAAUAGCUGAAAGCGAAAGGAGGAAGGCAGGUUGAGCAAGCAGUUCAUGAGAAAGUAUUCAUUGCCAAAAUGCAGCACAGAAAGAAGAAAGCUAAACGGAGACUGAAUGUUAAACUUUCACUCUGUACAUUAAGUUUAAUGGUUGUAUCAACGGCUUCAUAUGACAGGAAAUGAUCUGGGCGUUUUGUUCACUUAUUCUGGAUGCCCUUAGUUUCACAGAGCAACUGGUAACAUGGAUUGCACCUCGGAAGGGGACAGCUGAACUCUCCCUCCGGCUUUAGUGAGGAAAGAGCAGCGAUGAAAUCCGUGGACUGUGUGCACGUCAUCCAACAGAAGGAUACCGCCUCCUCUCCCUCUGCCCCCCCUGGUGCUGCUUCAGGCACCACGGGACUUUUUUCUGUCACAUUCCUGUGGCUUGCAAUGCUCCUGUCCUCUUGUCUUGCAGCAGUGUCUCUUUACCAUGUUCUCACCCUGAAAACAGAGCUAGAAGCUCUGCGCCAUGAGCUGAUCUACAGGGUCCAGGCAAGGUCUCCGCUAGAGCGGCCAGCCGUCUCCCCUGAUGAUGAGAAAGCGGGUGCCCCUGUUUCUUCCUUCCUGCAAGCCUCUGCAGCUGGUGCCAGGCAGGAGAACAAGCUUCCUGGCCCUAGCCCAGCUGAAAGUUUCCGAAAGGAAAUCUCGAAUGGGAGCAGAAACAGGGGGAGAAGGUCUGUCGUCCACACGGAAGAAACAGUGCUGCAGGCCUGCUUGCAACUGAUCGCUGACAGCAAAAGUGAUAUCCAACAGAAAGAUGAUUCAAGCAUUGUCCCUUGGCUUCUGAGCUUUAAACGUGGAACAGCUCUGGAAGAACAUGGAAAUAAAAUAGUGAUCAAAGAAACAGGAUAUUUUUUCAUAUAUGGCCAGGUUUUAUAUACAGAUACAACAUUUGCUAUGGGACAUCUAAUACAGAGGAAGAAGGCCCAUGUGUUUGGUGAUGAUCUGAGCUUGGUGACAUUAUUUCGCUGCAUACAAAAUAUGCCACAGUCUUAUCCGAAUAAUUCUUGCUAUACUGCUGGCAUUGCAAAAUUAGAAGAAGGGGACGAACUUCAACUUACAAUACCACGAAGACGAGCCAAAAUAUCCUUGGAUGGCGAUGGUACUUUUUUUGGUGCAGUCAGACUCUUCUGAAGUUCUUCGUUUCUGUUAUUAUGCUUAGUGCAGUUUUCUUCUUUUCCAAUGCAUUUGUUAGGAAAAAAAAUUGAAUUUUAAUAAAGCUGCCAAUUCAGUCUCUCUCCCACACCACCAGCUUCUGAAACCUUUUCUUCAGUUUAAUAAGCAAACCCAAAACAGGAAACACACCAGACGUACUUGUGAGAUAAAAAUGUCAUGUGAUUACCAGAAAGCCAAUUUAUUUUAGACAAUGGGAGACUCUAAACAACAGCUGUAAAGAUAUGUUUUUUGGCUUUGAAGUAAUUUCUUGUCCGUGAAGCAAAUCAAAGAAGAGUUGACCACAAAGUAUAGCAUGAGCAGGACCAUUUUAUUAUCCAGAAAUGGAAAACUAAAACACAAGUGCAUUUUUAUUUUCUUUAUUUCAUCAAAAAAAAAAAAUAAAGUAAAAAAUUUGAAGCAUAAAGGAUGAGGAAGAAUCAUCAAGCACUAGAUUGCCUAUCAUGAUAUGGUGGUGUCAGCUGGUUUCUGUUUAUUUAUUUUUGUUUGUUUUUCUUUGACAUUGAGAUUUAUUUGGGAAGGAAAGUCUAAAUGUACAGGAUAAUUAAGUGAACUCCUCAGAAGUAUAUAGAAUAGUAGCCACUGGCUUGCUUAUCCUCUGUGGACAAAAGUUAUAUACAUUACUAAAGUCUAUUACUAUUUACUGAUUACAAUUAGUUUUACUGGAAAAUGGACACAUAAGAUGUUUUGAUAGCUCAAUCUUCAAAGUAUUGCUACCCAUCAAGGAAUACGUGCAUGUAAACAAGGCAGGCAUAGAAAGAAAUGUAAUGAAAUUAGACACAAUAUAGUAGGUAUAAUUGGAUUUCUGACUUCAUAAUUUCUGCAGUCAUAUAUAUAUAUGUUGUGUAUAUACAAUAAAUAUAUAUAUGUGAAAGUAUAUGCACACACAUUUGAGUCUUUGACACUUUUUUAUAGGAUUUUGUCUUCUUUUGAACAGAUUAAUCUAUGGAAACAUUGUCGCAUACAUAUUUGUCGUAUUUCUCUUGCUUUUGCUAUGAUCCAUUCUACAAAAUACAGU